CAAUUCCAGCCAGUAAUUCUUUGUCUUGUCUACCAUUUAUUGUCAAAGUUGUCAUUUUUAUUUCGGAAGUUUUAUAAUAUUUUGUUAAUGCUGGUUGAAAAAAAAGAAUUUUGUGAACAGAUGACUUAUGGGAAAGAUAUUAACAUAAAUUGGAAUACCUGUAUUGGUAGCAAUGGGAAUUACAUCUUCAGAAAUAUGACAGAGAAUAGAAAACGGUCCCGAGAAGAUGAUGCUUGUGAAUUUAUGCCAUUGUCCAAAAGGAUUAACAAUUUACAUAUAAAUAACAACCUUGCGAAUACUCCAGUGUCACAAAAUCAAGACCAUACCAGAAUUAAUGGAAUUAGCACAGAAAAUGGUAUUGCUUCACCUCAUAGUUCAACGACAGACUGCGAAAGAAGGCCAAGUUAUGAUCCAGGCGUCAGUUCAUCAGAGAGUAGCUAUUAUUACGAGAAUAAGUUAUUAUUUGAAUUGCAUUUGGAGAGAAUACAAAGAUCUGGACAACAGUUUCCCUUUUGAAAUAAUAAAUUAGGUAGUCGUUAAGUAUUAUAUACCAUCUACUUGAUUAUGGCUAUUCUUUAGUGUGUAUUUUAAUAUAUUAUUUAUAGUAUAAAUAAAGUUGAUUAAUUAAAACCAAA